UCGUCUCACACAAUUACAUGGUCUCACAUUAGUCACAUUCCAUUUCCAUGAAAGAGAUGCAGUUCUUGCCGUUCUGAGCUGGAGAAUAUUUCCAUCUGCUGGGAUUUGGGUGGAGUGAAAGUUUUGGUGCGGGAGUGAAAUGCCUUCGGAUCUUCUCUUUAUCCCCUCUCUACUUUUGGACCUCCGUUUGUUUACAUAUCCCAUCAUUCGACCACCACUUAUCUUUAUGCUCUCAACUUUGAUCCGCUUUUUUCCACCCAUUAACUCCUGCCGCCGACGAACUGGCAGCUCUCCACUCUAAUUAGGUCAAAGUUUACUACUUCUUCGUUGGCUCUGCUGCAGCUUAUCUUAAUUGUUGGUGGAGUGAGUGGAAGGAAAUAUAAUAAAGAUUUUUCUGCUUCCUUCGUUCGACUUCGACUGGCCAAUCCAACAAGAUGAUUGGGACAGAUUGGUGGACUUUUUUGCUUCUGUUUUGUCGAUAAAAAAAAGUUCGUCACACAAAUGUAAACAUUUGCUAAAGAAGGUUUAUUGUACAGCUAUGAAGACAGAGGUUUGUCAGGGUCACGCCGCUAAAAGAGGAUGGGGAGUACCACCCACCAAGUGUACUACAGCUGACAAAAAAGUCACGAUUAGUGCCCGGAUCGGUCGAAGAAAUAGCAAAUCCUUCUUAUGGAGGUUGGAAAAAAGUUCAAAACGAGAUUCGAGUAGCUGUUUACUGCUGCAUCAGAAUAUUUUAAUACGAAGAGUUAAUAAUAAUAAUACGAGUAUCGUCAGUAGUUUGAUUAGUUGUACACAAAGGAUGCGGUGAUGGCGGAUUAUAAUUCUGACAUCGCCGUCCCACCCCCUGAUCCUCCCGACCCUCCGAACAACCCAACAAACCAACAAAUCCACCACACUACUACCUCAUCAUCUUCAACCACCUUCCUGUCACCGAUGGCGGACACUGUUGAACACGCCUCCUCAUCUCCAAAUUCGUCGUCGUCAACCCCCCCUUGGAUAAUUUGGUCUCGGGGUCUAAACGCUUUACUUGAUGAUCCUCAAGGACAAGACUUAUUUAAAGCUUAUUUGGAGGAAGAAGGUUGUUAUCUUCAGUUGACCUUUCUUUGGGCAUGUGAGGGAUUAAAAUGUACUGCCAUAAAUGAUCCUCCAAAAAUACCUGAUUUGGUUAGGAAAAUCUAUCGUGUUUUUAUACCAAAUCUGAUCGGGCUAACCGAUUCGACAAGAUCGGAACUCGCUCAAGCCAUUGUUGACGGGAGAUUUACGGAGAUUGAGAUAUUCUAUACAGCUGAAAAUGAAGUCUUGACCCAUAUGAAGGAGAAUCUGUACCCAAACUUUUUAAAGAGUGAAAUCUAUCUGUCCGCUUGUAACGCAGAGGAUUCUUCAUCUGGCAGUGGUUCUGGUAUAGAGAGAAGACAAUCUGAAGGAGACGAGUCUAUUGCUUCGGUUGACGAAGAACAUGAUCAUCAUAUGAAUAAAUUGACUCAUUCUCAUGAACAACAGGGUAUUCUUAAUAUUGAUCCGUUGACUGGUGAUCCCAUAUCAAAUAUAUCGUUAGCAAGUUUUGAAAAUGUACAACAAAUCGUAUUACCCACAACAAAUCAAUUGCAAACCGUCCAUGAAGAUAAAGAGCUUAGUACGGCUGCAGCUUCUGCUGCUUCUCAACCCGGUCACUCCUCGAAAUCAAAGAAACAUUUCGGCUUGACCAAGGAAGCGCUUUUAGCUACUGAAAGCGCCCGCUAUUUUGAAUUUCAACGUGCGACAGAGUUUCAAGCGAAAGGAAGAAAAAGCAGCGAUGCUGCUGGUGGUGGGCCCAGUACCCGCUAUUUUGUGAAGCAUGUAGCAGUUCCUCAUUCGAUUCCAUUCCCAUAUCAUGCAUCGUAUUCGUCCUACAACCCGGUGUCGCGUGUUGACUCUGAGAUCCAAAGUAUGAGCUCUGAUGCCAUGACAGAUGAUGGUUCAACUGCUAGUCGUCGCCGUCAUGGACAUAAUAGUAGUGAUCAACAAAGGAGGCACGAUCACCGGAGUCAUUGCCGUGGAGGUAAUGGUGGAGACCCUAAGCUUCCACACUACUCUCAUCCUGCCGAUCGGAGUCGCCAACAUUUAUCUGGGAUGCGACAAGGUGCUCCCUUAAAUACAACAGAUGACCUCAAACGCCUUCCAUCUGAAGGAGUAAUAUUUUGUAAAAGCCGUAGCACUGGUGCUCCCGAUCCGGAGAAAGACCCACAAGGAUUUGCCAAUGUUAUUAUCGAGAAGCUUCAAAUGAUUGAACAGCGCAAAAUGGCGGCGAGUGCGGGUGACAACUACAAAGACAUUUUGGCUCAAGCAAUUAGCAAAAUUCACUCUCAAGAAGAGGAGUCACCGUCUGAUAUUAUAGACAUGCACUUGGCCCGUGUAACAUAUUUAUCUGAUGUUACACCAAAAUCGAAAUCUCCAAAAUUAAGGUCACCAACAAUUGGACGCAGAAGAGGACCACUACCCGCUCCUCCCCCAAUGUAUCCUGCACCUCCUACUCGUCGACGUGAUAGGGAUUUUGUCACAUCAACAUUUUCUGUUGAUUCUGGAAAUGUUCCAGAUUCUGAAUCGUUGGCGUUUCAAGACACCGAGUCAUCGCAAGUUAUGCAAAUGUCAAAGUCUCGCAGUGUUCCUCAUGAAUUAAGGGGCCAGCAGGAAUUUCGUCGCCCACCACCCAUGCCAUUUGGAGGGGUCAAUCCCCGUGGCUAUCACCAUCCACCGAGAGGUUUUCUCGGAAAAGUGCCAUUAGGAAUGUUCAAAAAACCUACCUCUAUGGAUUUUAUCGAUUCUGGGAUUUCAACUGUGUCUGGACAAUCUACCAAUAUACUUCCUCCUCCUUCCGGUCAUCAGCAUGUAUCCUCCACGACAGAAGGUCCAUUUCCAGAUAGAAGAAUACAAGAUUGGGUUGCACAAUCACAUAGUGAUCCACAAAGGAGGAUGCGAAAACUUAAUGCUCCUGAGCAUGAGGAUCUUCGUGAGAAGCUAGUCCAAAGUUUGGAUCUGCAUUCUUCCUCCUCGAGAUCUGGUCACCAACAAAUCACUGCACAUCCACGGCAUUCGCCCCCAUCAUCUGGAUUGGAGACAGUCCCCGAAUCAUCCGCUAAUGGAAACUAUGUCCAUACCCUAGUGUUUUAUGAUGAUAAUCACGACGUACCGUACGUACUAAAAGUUCCACGAAUGGACCCUAGAAUGUAUGGGAAAUCUGGUGUUACGUUGGCAGCUUUGAAAGAAAGACUCCCUCGACAAGGACAGUUUCGCUACUUCUUUCGAACUGAAUGUGUCGAACUAGGAUCUAAAAUCGUACAAGAAGAGGUUUCCGACAACCAUCAAGAAUUACCGAUGCUGAAUGGAAAAAUUUUUGCUCACCUAAAAGCAAUUCCUCCGGGAACAAUGUCUUCCUAAAUAACAGGGGGCGUCACAUCCACGUUAUAGAACCGACCGAAUCGACAUCAUCAUCGAAACGACUGAAUAAGAAAAAAACCGACCAUCCUGUAACAAUUUUCCUUUCAUUCACUAACAUACAUAACUACCUAAAUAUAAUAAAUGUUGUAAAAUGUGAAACGACAAUCCGCAUGAUAUACCUCGACCUUAAUUAAGAUACCUAAAUUGUUUAACUACAUACACACAUAAUAAUACUUUUCUGUACAGCAUGCAACUACUGAAAUUAAAAAAGUACUACAUACAUAUUAUCUACUAUAUAUUUAUAUACCUUGACCAACCUACCUUGAAUAUUUUAUAUCCUGUUUGGAAAUGAUUAAGAUUUAUGUGUUCUCUUUGAAUGUAGAAAUGGAUUGCAUAUAUGUGAAAGAUGUUCGAAAAUUGUUGUGGUUUAAUUUUACUUACGUAAACGUUUUAUUGUUGAUGUUUGUUUAUUUUGAUGCAUUUAUUUAUUUAUUGCUACAUACAUCCCUCGUACUGGAGAAAGCAGCAAAGCCAAAAUGUCACACUAAUAAUAAUAACAUUAACAAUUUUUAAAAUAACAAAAUGCCCUCUACUUAUUUAAUUGUUUAUACUAUGAGACUAUCUACUUGUUCAGUUCUCAUCAUCAUCAUUGUUGAAUUAUUUAUGUUGACGAGCAAUCGUUUAAUAAUAUACAUGUAAUUGGAGAUUAUAGUUAGUUUUAUUUACCGUUUGUAUUAAACUGUUUAGAGGAAAUACAAAAAUAAAACGGAUAUGAGAUUAA